AAGAUGCAUCGCGCAGAGUCAAAGACGUUUCGCUGCUGAGCCCAGAAGUUCUUGGGAAAUGAAGUCCAAGCUACCUUGAAACUUAACGGUCCAGUUACCCCUGAGACUCCAUUCCCCACCAAGCUCAGCGCGUAGCGUGCAGUAUGGAGCCGCAAGUCGCAGCGCUGAAACAGAAGAUUGAAGACACGUUGUGCCCUUUUGGCUUCGAGGUUUACCCUUUCCAGGUGGCAUGGUACAAUGCACUCCUGCCUCCGACCUUCCACCUGCCUCUACCAGGACCCACCCUGGCCUUCCUGGUACUCAGCACACCUGCCAUGUUUGAUCAGGCCCUCAAGCCCUUCCUGCAGAGCUGCCACCUCCAACCACUGACUGACCCUGUAGACCAGUGUGUGGCCUACCACCUAAGCCGCAUUAGAGAGACCCUCCCAGAGCUACAGAUGGAAGUCAUCGCUGACUAUGAAGUACACCCCAACCGGCGCCCCAAGAUUCUGGCCCAGACAGCAGCCCAUGUGGCAGGGGCUGCUUACUACUACCAACGACAGGAUGUGGAGGCUGAUCCUUGGGGGACCCAGCACAUAUCAGGUGUAUGCAUACAUCCUCGAUUUGGGGGCUGGUUUGCAAUCCGUGGGGUGGUACUGCUUCCAGGAACAGAGGUGCCAGAUCUGCAACCCACUAAACCCCUUGACUGUGUACCAGCAAGAACUGACCGAAUCACCCUGCUUGAAGGUUUCAAUUUCCAUUGGCGUGACUGGACUUACCGGGAUGUUAUAACACCCCAGGAACGCUACUCUGAAGAGCAGAAGGCCUAUUUUUCCACUCCACCUGCCCAACGCUUGGCCUUGUUAGGCUUGGACCAAUCCUCAGAGAAGCCUAGCUCUGCAUCCCCCGACCUUCUCUUUACCACACUCAUACCCAAGAAGCCUCAGAAUCCCAGCAGAGCUAGGGACUGGCUCAGCCCCACGGUCUCACCACCUGAAUCCCCUGGCCCUUGAUAGCUUUCCUCCCCUGUGGGAUCCCUAUUUACAAUGGU